AAUGGACAAGUAUAAUGACAACGGACUGCUUUAGUAGCUUAUGGUUGGGCCACAAUUCUAUUAAUAGCAACAGGGAUUUUAGGAUUACUAAUUUCAGUUCCCAUAGAUGCCAUAUAUGUUUCCAAUCCCAGAUCAGACAUCCAAAGAUGACGAUAAAUUAAAUAUAUAUGAUCAAUAAUAGUUGUACUUUCAAUAAUACUUGCUGGCAUAAUAGUAAAUGCAAUAAUAAAUGGAUGAUAAAAAUCUAUAUUGUUAUUUUAUGCAUCCACAACAACUUCAGUUAAAUUUGAAUUACUAUCCACAAUAGGUGAUAUCAGAAGAUAUGAAUAUCAAAGAUGAUGAAUAAUGA